GUAUCGGGAUUGACAAAAGAGAAGGCAACUGCUUCGAAAGAGAUAAAUCACAUGAUGAGGAUACUGGGCCUCAAGUACGGCGAAGAUUAUUCUAUAGCAGAAAAUCGUGCAAAGUUACGGUAUGGUGGCAUAAUUAUACUAACGGAUCAGGAUGAAGAUGGAUCUCAUAUCAAAGGCUUGAUUAUCAAUUUUCUCCACACGUUUUGGCCACAAUUAUUGCAUAGUGGAUUUGUACAGUCGUUCAUGACACCAUUAUUGAAGGCGCGAAAUGGGUCUGAAACUAUCAGUUUCUAUUCGAUGGAUGAGUACAAAGCUUGGAGAGCGAAUACUAGCAAUGCCGAUAAGUAUACGGUGAAAUACUACAAGGGUUUAGGCACAUCAACAUCUAAAGAAGCUCGCGAGUACUUUUCCAACUUUGAGAAACAUCUGGUUAGCUUCCGAUAUGAGGACGAGGAAGAUGGCGAAAGCCUUCGCAUGGUUUUUGAUAAACGAAGGGCUGAUGAUAGGAAGGAGUGGAUCAACAAGAUGUUGCAAACGGAUUUUGUAGACCAUACAAUUGUCAAUGAGGCAUCCUACAAAGAAUUUGUGGACAAUGAAUUGUUUCGGUAUUCAUUGCUCGAUCUGAAGCGGUCUAUUCCUUCUGUAGUAGAUGGUCUCAAACCAUCACAGCGUAAGGUACUUCAUACUCUGCUGCGAAGAAGCUCUAACAAAGAAAUCAAAGUGAAUCAACUUGCUGCCGCCGUUGCUCUAAACGAAGCUUACCAUCACGGCGAGAAUGCUCUGGUAACAACAAUAGUUAGAUUGGCCCAAGACUUUGUGGGAAUGAACAACGUCUGCCUUUUGGAGCCAGUGGGACAGUUCGGCACUCGGCAUGAGGGUGGAAAUGAUGCGGCCAGUGCUAGAUAUAUCUACACGAAGUUGAGCCCCAUAACUCGCCAAAUAUUCCCAGCUGCCGAUGAUGAUCUCCUCAAUUACUUACAAGAAGAAAAUCAGCAGAUAGAACCUGAGUGGUACUGCCCCAUUAUCCCCAUGGUUCUUGUGAAUGGCGCUGAAGGUGUAGGUACAGGAUGGUCAACGCUCAUUCUCAGUCAUAACAUCAAUGAUGUGGUUGACAAUGUGCGAAGAAUGAUUGAUGGAAAUGAAGUGGAGAAAAUGGCACCAUCGUUUUCGGAUUUUUCCGGGAAAAUUGAGGAAAUAGGGGAGAAUAGCUACGAGAUAAGUGGAAAAUACAGAAUUGUUCCUUCGCAACGAAAGAAUUCGCCUAAUUUGAGGAUUGAAAUCACAGAACUGCCUGUGGGAGAAUGGACAAAUAGGUACAAGCAGAAUACUUUACAGGCACUGCAGAAGAAUGGAUACAUAAGCAACUACAAAGAAUAUCACACUGAAAGAAAUGUGCGGUUUCUCAUCGAACUAAGCAGAGAUUCUACGACACGAUGUAGAAGACCUGCUGGGCGAUACUCUGAGCUGAUGAAGAAGUUUAAACUCUGUACGAAAAUAACAACGAACUCUAUGGUUUUGUUUGAUCCGCUUGGUCAUCUCAAGAACUAUGCCACUGUGAGUGACAUCAUGUGGGAACAUUUUCAUGUCCGUCAACGGAUGUAUGAGCGGAGGAAGGAGCAUGAGACGAGAAUGCUAGAUGCGCAGAAGAGAAAAGUUGAGAAUCAGCUUCGCUUCAUCGAGGAAGCAAAUAGUGGUAAUAUUCGCCUUAGCGGAAAGCAUUUGGCUGAACUUGAACACGAUCUAAUUGCUAAAGGUUUUGAAUCGGAUCCAGUGAAGCAAUGGAAAAAUGAGCCGUCUGAUCUAUCUUACCUGAUCAAUCUGCCACUGAGUCGUCUUACUAUCGAAGAAAUGCAAAAACUGCGGAACCAAGUGGACAUUACUAGAGAAAAGUUCGAGAAAGUAGUCCAAACAUCUUGGCAAGAUUCAUGGAUAGCUGAUUUGAAAUUGCUUUUGAGAGAGGUCAACAAUUCAGCGAGGAAAAAGACAUGAGUCCGUUGAGUUUGUUCGCACGUUUUGUACAGAAUUACUGCACCAAAGUGGUCUUAACUACUGCCUUUGUUUUUUCCACCUCAUUUUACUUAUUAUGCCUUGCGUCGAGCCUUACUUGUAUCUUGUAGAGAAUCCUUUUUUGUACGAUCUCAUGUUUUUUCCGUCUCAUUGUGAUCUCAUUUCUAUGUUUUCAAUCCAAGUUUGUAACCCGAACCCGCAAUAAAGUUUUUUUAUUAGGUGC